AUGCAAGAGCCCAGGGUCCCGGGCCGCGAGGUCCCUGCCGGCACCUCCCCUACACCCGCGAUGACCUCCCGCAACCUGGUUUUUGAUGUGACCAACUGGCACCCGAAGCCCGUCAAGCGCCCUCGGCCUGUCAAGUCCUGCACGGAAUGUCGUCGUCGCAAGCUGCGAUGCGACCGGCGCUGCCCCUGCUCGCAGUGCCAGCGGUCCUACCGCAUUUGCAAGUACGGCAGUGGUGAUGGAAGCAACAGUCGCGGCAUCGAUGCCAACGGCUCCCUCAUCGACUCGGACGGCUCCGAGGGCGGCUACGAAGACGACGACUCCAUGAGUGGCGGCGGCGCUGGCGAACGUCCGCUGAAGCGCCACUCCAGCCGACCGAUUUCCGGCACGACGCCCCAACCUGUGGCUGUCGGCAUCUCUCAACCGCCACAGCCGUUCAAUUCGUCUCUCAGCCUUCUCCUGAACCCGCCAUCUCCGUCUUCAUCCCCGUCCACGCUCCGCGCCCCGAGCCUGGUCUCUUCUUCCGCGCCUGCCUACGCAUCCUCGGCGCCGCCCUUUCCUACUCCUUCUUACGCCUCUGUUCCGGUGCCUAUGCGCAUAGCUGCGGUGUCUACAGCCGUCCAGUCCCCGCUGCUGACCCUGAACGGCCACGAGCUCCGGCAGUUCACUUCCGACCUGAUUGACGAGUUCUCCACACGCAUGGAGCGCCUCGAAAAGCUGGUGCUUGCCAAAGACUCUUCGGCCCUGUCGUCCAUUCCGCCCUUUCCCUCUUCUUCUACGCUUUCGCAGUUACACCUCCAUCAACAGCCCGAUCAAUCCGGUCCGCAUAUUAUCGACCCUUCGUCGCCAACCAUGCGUUGCUUGACUGUCAACGAACCCGGAGGCUUAGAAUCGCGGGUUUUCGGUCAAAACAGCACGCGUGCCCUGCUGAACUUGUUCGACGAGGCCAAAGAUUUCAUUUCCGAUCAAUCGAAACGAGAUGUUGCCGGGGACCUGUUCUCGAGCUUGGAACGAGCAUACAACGCGCUCCGGGACGAGCACCAGCAGGUCCUCAGGCCCAUUACCGUCUUUGUCGAUUCUAUGAUGCCAGUGCAAAAGCGCAUGGCUGAUAUACUGCCACGCCGCGAUGUGUGUGACCGCCUGCUUGACGCCUAUAUCAGCAUGACCGAAGGCCUGUACCGUGUGAUUCACAUCCCUUCGUUUCGCCGGGAAUACGAGGCCUACUGGGAUAAUGGAGGUGCUAGCGGCAUCAGCAACAUUGCAAGCGUCCCUACCUGCGCCAACGGCCCCGGCGGCAUCAGCACAACACACCGUGCUUGUGCUGAGGUCUUCCUUCCGCGACUACUCUGCAUCAUGUGCAUAGGAUCGCGCUUUGAGACUGAUUCCAAGGGUCUCUGCUACGACAGAUCCGACGGCGUGCACAUUCCAACAGCCUGCUCUCUGGUGCGGUCUUGGCUCGAGACCGCUCGCAGGCGGCAAUCGACAGACCUACACACCUUGCAGGCGGAACUGCUGCUGCAGCACGCCAGUCGCAUGAUCGAUCCACACAUGCUGAGGACGUGGAACGAGCUGGGACUGAUUUCUCGUACAGCCAUGGCGAUGGGGCUGCACCGAGACCCAUCUGAAUUUCCGAUGCAAAUGUCGCCCUUCCACGCCGAGUUCCGCCGCAAGCUAUGGCACACGAUCAUGGACAUGGACCUGCACGUUGCCUUGGCCAGCAGUCUCCCCACGGCCAUGCGCGAGGGCGAGUUCACGUGCAAGCCCCCGCGGAACCUGGACGAUGUCGACCUGUACCCGGAGAUGACUACUUUGCCGCAAGCAAAACCGAUGGAUCAGUACACGGACGGACAAAUGCAGGCUUAUGCAGCCUGCACAUUGCCGCUACGCAUGCGUGCCAACGACAUUCUUUGCCGCAUCGACUCGGUGCGGGACUACGGAAAAGUGCUUGCAGUCGGUGGCGAGCUUGAAAAAGCGCUGGAUGACAUCAACUGUCUCUUCCCGCGCAACGCGGCGCUGGGGACGGGUAACAAGUACAAAGCCUGGCGGAUGCGCGCGCUCUUGGACAUGCACGUGCGGCGGCCGCUUGUAGCGUUGUACCGCCCUUUCGCGCUGAGUGCAUCUCCGAACUAUCCGCCGCCCACAGCCAUCACGGAUGUGUACCUCAAGUCAUCUAUGGCGUUGCUGACCUACAUGGAAGAGCUGGACCCAAACAUUCCAGGCUUUGACGAUGUUAGCCAUAUGUACCAUGUGAUUUUACGGCACGACAUUGUUCAGGCUGCUUUCAGUGUCUGUUUCUAUAUCAGACAGGCCUUGGAAGCAGAGGAAUCCAACAACACAACGCCGUCUUCCGGGGGCAGUACUAUCGUCUUCGGUGGCACGGAUGGAGGGCAGGGAGUGGCAGCUCGAGGCGGCAGGAAACUGACCCCAGACGACGUCAAGGUCUCCGGCCAUAUUGGUAGUCAUACCCCUACCUCGGCCCCCUUCGCCCCGAUGGCAGCAGUGUCCGACGGUGGAAACAGCAGCACGCCGGCCGGAAACAACGGUGGCAACAAGAAGCGGGUGCACUCGCUGAUAUGGUCUGCGACAUACAUGAUUCGGACGGUGGAGCGGACGACGGAAAAUCUUGCUCGGCUGGCGGGUGAUCUAAGCAAUGACCUGCGGGACGUUGUUGCCCUGGCGGUUGUGCUGGGAUCCGUGAAGCCGGCAGCGAACCAGAUACAGCGCAACGAAAACAUACGAGCACAAGUGGGGCGUGUGCGGGAUGCUUGCUUUGAUACGCUACGAAGGCAUGCGUCUCCUGCAAUUCGCGCAUUGGUGUCUGCGCCGGACGUGCCACUUUCACAUGUUCCUGAUUGGUACAACCGGCCAACGUUGCAGAACGAGCUCGCCCAGCCCACCGACGAGUCCGCGUUAUUGGACAUGGGAUUUUGGGAUGUAUGGGAUAUGCGGAUUGAGGCAGGGGCGAAGCAUUGA